AUGAAUUCCGAUGGCUGGAUUGUUGCACAGAGACUCGUUUUCGAGGGGAUUGAAAAACCCAAGACCAGAACUGAUCCAAUCAUCAUCCAAGUCAACAAGCAAGAGGUCAUUGGGACAGGUGGCAUGCGAAUCACCUACGCGGCUCAAGUCAAAUCAAUUGAUGAAGACGAAGUCGAAGUCAUUUCGGACUACGUCGCAAAAGUCAUGAAAGACCCCGAACAUCAAGACCUCACUCGCCAUGCCACUGAUGCCCGCAUGUAUGAGGCAUGUGCACUUCUUCUUGCAGAGUACCGCUCAGUGGUUCAUGAUUGCCGAAUCUUGCCCAUGAGCACCAAAGCUAAAGCCAAGCAAAUGCAGAUCAUUCGUCAUUCCGUGGUUUUUACUGGGGAUCUAUUCUUUCCAACAGAUGUAUACUUCUUUGAAAAACGACUCACCGGACCCUAUGUCAAGUACUCGAGCAACACCGAUUUCAACAUCAGCCCAAACCAACCUGGAAUGGAUCCCAAAAUCCUUCAGCUCAUGAAUACCUUUACGCACUGGACGUACAACACCUCUGAAGGAAAAAAUCUAGUUGGAGACUUGCAGGGAGUUGGUCCCCUCAUAACGGAUCCCCAAAUUCUUGAUAUGAAUGAAAACCUCUGGACAUUAGGAAAUAAUUCGGCAGAUGGCAUCCAGGCAUUCAUUAAAGAUCACAUCUGUAAUGAAGUUUGCCAAGCCAUAGGCCUCCCACCGCCGCUCAACACCCCAGAUCAUCCCGGCCCAGUGGCAUCAGCCACUUACUUGUGGAUUCUGAUGAUAAUGGUGCCCUCCAAGACCCCAGUACUUUAUUUCCAACCCGUUCAUCCUUCCCAAGCCUCCAAAACACAAGCAACUAGUCACAUAACAAAACCACUCGGCUUCCAUACUGUCCUAUCCAGAACAACAUCCCCAGUUACUAAACCCAGGGUUUUCCUCCGAGGCUGUCACACAACCCUUAAUGAUAGUAGCUUCACCGAUUCAUCCUUAAUUCAAUUGUGA